AUGUCGAGUGGGAGCGGAAGCAAGCCCAACUUUGUUUUGAAGUUUAAGGGAAACAAGAGCUUUAGCCCUUUCCUGAAUAUCAAUGAUGAGGAUACACUGAUCGAGAUCUGGAGAUGCUCAACGAAGAUCAAGGGUCACUUGGAGAGUGGCCAUAGAAUGGAGAACCUGAGCUGGAGACUGCUGUAUAUGCAUAAUUUACUAGUAGACGAUAAUAAAUCUGCAAAGGGUUUUAAGAAACUUUCAAAGAACGCUUCAGAGAAACUGAACAACGAGAAGAACGUCGAGUUAUCCGAUCUCAAAGCACCGAAAUUUCAGAGGAACAACAGCUCAGAUUUGGUUUUGAAAAAGGGUCAUGAGAGGUCUACAAAGCUAGAUACAUCAGACAGUACACAAGAAGACCCUUUUAAUCUGGAUUUGGACUCGAUACCUGGAUUUGAGAAUAUAUUUGAUCAGCCACUCAUUCCCCAUUCACAGCAGGCGCAGCAUUCACAGCAGUUACAACAGUCACAGCAUUCCCACUACUCACACUCUAACACUGAAUCCCAUGAUCAUCACCUACAGUCAGAUCAAACACAAGAACCACAGAAUUACAGCUAUCAAGAUCCGCAAUUGCAGCCGACACAGAGUUACCAAGAUUCAUCCUCAAAGCCAAGCUGUAGUAAUUGUGGAGCACUCUCAACACCACUCUGGAGAAGGUCUACGGAUGAUCAACUACUUUGCAAUGCAUGUGGUUUAUAUUUGAAGUUGCACAAAAGCCAUAGACCUAAAUCACUCAAGUCGAGUAGAUCAUCUAUACAUGCACAUCCUCCUGGGGAAUGGUCGAAUUACAAAAUGGACUUUGACUUAAGUAGUAACCCUUCAAUAUCGUGCGCAAAUUGCGAUACAACAAGGACUCCUUUGUGGAGGAAAGCUGAGAAUGGACAGACGCUAUGCAAUGCGUGUGGAUUAUAUCUGAAGUUGCACAAAUCUCAGAGACCUCUAUCGAUGAAGACGGAUACGAUCAAGAAACGUACACGAUAUGACCCCAUUGAUAAGAACGGCAAGUUUAAUUCGUUCGAAAGAUCGCCGAAUGGGUCACCGAUGGUUUCUAGGAUGUCUUCUCCCGUAAGGGAGCUCACACAGUCUGCGCUGGCUGGCAUAGGAUUACCCAUACCUGGUUUCGGGAAUGUACACCAACAGUCAAACCAGCAAAAGAUGGAGGCGACAAAUUAUGAGAGCUUGAAUGAUGUGAACAAUCCAGCAGCGUAUGAAGUAGAUUUUGAUAAUGCUACUAUUCCCGCUGUUGCGUCGUCUGCCCCAUCGUCCACAUCUGGAACUGUAUCAAACUCACUCAGGAAGGAAGGAAUCGAAAUACCUAAGCGUCGGAGACUCACCAAUGAUAGCUGUCUAUCAGCAUUACAACCGAUGACUCCUGUAAACACACCAGGUAAUCCAGCAAACCCAAUACCACCACAAUUUAGUCAACCGCAACCGCAAUCGUUUACACCAAACAACACACCACCAUUUCACACCCCAAGCAGUUUAUCUAAUAUAGAACCAACGAACUUAGGAAACACAUCGAUGGGAAGUUCACCUUAUACCACGUAUGGGGGGGUGAUGCAGUCUUCCACCAGAGCGUCUAGUCUAGAUCUACCCUUCGAGCAGCAGAUGUCGUUCGAUCAACUCAAUUUUGAGAGACGAUCUUUUGACGCCGAUGGGAGUGCGACAUUCGGUGGAGCACCGGCAGGUCAACCGGCAGCAGUUCCACCGGGUCAAAGCUCAGCUCCGACGCCCGGAGAACAUCAGAGAGCACCGCAUUCAUUUGAAAGUCGGCCCUCGUAUGAGCAUACCAAUUCAUUCGACUCUGGCUCAUUGUCGUCAGCCUCAAUGCCAUUCACAACAGCAUCACAGAUAGAUCAAUUGGGGCAGCAUAAUUUUGCAACACCAGCUUCAGCUACAUCUAGCCAACCGAUGUCGCUCCAUAGCAGUUCAGAUCAGCAUCAAAACAGUUCGCAUAACUUUAAUGCUCACCAUGCAGGGACCAGUUCACAGCAGCAAAUGAUGCCACCACAGCAGAUAUUCGGACAUCAUCAGCUGCAGCAUAAUGAUCAUAAUUACGACUUCGGAUUAUUUGGGGGUGAUUUCAAUACGAAUGAUAUAUUAGGGCAUCAUCCUAAGGGAUUAGGGAUUGAUAUUGAUGGAACUGGAUUUAGAUAG